UGGGUUGAUUAUCCUGCCCUUUAUAAAAGUGGUUCUAGACAGUUAGUCCUUGUGUAGUCUUGAGCUUGAACAUAGUAUGUCAGGAGUGAGAAGUGUUGUGGUUCUCUUGCUGGCCAUCGCGCCAGUCAUCAACUGUAACCUCAUCGUCUACCCCGCUGCUAAUGGAGCCCCUACUUCUAACAAAUUUCAGGUCUACUUGACACAAGAUGGCCAACAGAAGCAGUCUCAUGUCUACAUCACCACAUCGGACCACAGGACCACCGAAGCUUCUCAUGUUAAAGGAGGUCGGUCCAUGUCCUGGACGUCCUUCGCCUUCACAGGGGGCAAGGUCACGGUGGAGGUUCACACGUCACGUGACUUCAAGAACUGCAUCGUGAGACCCAAGAGCUAUGGCUACAGCUGUCGCCGCUCUGGCAGCAAGGUCGCCGUAUUUGAUGUCACCGCAAACACAAAAAUGAUGUCCGUGGAGUUUGACUACGACUACGGGUCCAACACCGGCGGUCCCGACAUCACAGACAAACUGAUGGUCUUCGCGGACCCUCCGGAAACCAGUCAACCCUCCAAGACCGACCCCUCAGUCCUGUACUACGAUGUCGGGGUUCAUAACCUUAACGGCCAGGUGGCACUUAACAACACCAUCAAGGAGGUGUACCUGGCCCCCGGGGCCUUCGUGAAGGGAGGAUUCAAGAGCACGGCUACCCACCCUGUGAAGAUCCAUGGCAGGGGCGUGCUGGAUAACCGAGACUAUAAAUGGCGCGAUUCCAGGUUUUCUUGGGCAGCAAUCAACCUCGAUGCCGGCAACAUGCACAUAUUAGAAGGCAUCACCAUCUCCGACCCAUGCUACUACUAUGUGAGGGCGCUGAGUAACGGCAACACCAUCAAGAACAUCAAGAUGGUGGGCGCCUGGAUCUACAACACCAACGGCGUUAGUGUCGGCGCCAACAGCAUCGUGUCUGACUGCUUCAUCCACGCCAACGAUGACGCCAUCAAGCUACACGCUAAGAACGUUGAAGUUACUCGUUGUGUGGUCUGGCAAGCACAAAAUGGCGCCGUGAUUCAGACAGGAUGGUGGGAGAGCCAAACAGCACAAAAUAUUCUGGUUUCUCACAUCGACAUCAUCCACACAGACUGGUGCACCUUCAAAGGUUCUUCUUGCCACUUGUCUGAGAACGACGCCGUCUUCAACAACGCCGGCGACACCAAGUCGAUAGACAUCUCCACAAUGGUACUGCAGGACAUCCGAGUGGAGGGCACCUGCCCCCGUGUAUUUUACUGGAAGAUGGCGUCAGGAGCAAGUGGAACGAUGCGAAUGAUUCGCUUCGUCAACUGGAGCAUCGAGUCUCAGCCUGACCAAGACAGCCUGCACAACGAGAUCGCGGGAACCGGAAGUACCGGUCAUGUGUCAGACUUGCAGUUUGUCAACUUCCGCAUUGGCGGCCAUUGUGCUUCCACCGCUGCUGCGGCAGAUUUCAUCCUCGACACUCGCACCACCAGCAGCAUCACCUUCAGCUGCGGCAGCGACCCUGUUGGCUGAAUCCAGAUGGCGCCGGUCCUCCAAACACGGGAUCGCCAACUCCUCUACUUCUGCUUGACGAACUUGUUUGUUUUAAAGUUUUUUUUAUUGAAAAUAGUUUUAAAGGACCAAACCUGUGUAAACUGAUCUGAAUAAAUUUCUCUCUCUCAGAAAUAAUGUAAAAUAAAUAUCACACCAAUUUAA